AUGAGACAUACUCGUAAAUCACAGCAUUGUGAGCAUCUGAAACAAGCCUUGAUUACUUGCGGCGGAAGUGCGUCAUGCGGUUACGACGUCACGGAGGAAGCUGCCGCCGAUCCGGAACUAGACGCUGUGUCCGGCUACUUACAGUUUAAUGACUUACCUGACGUCACGGCCAAGACCGCAACUCUUACUAGUAAAAUACUACGAGGGAAACCAAACUCUGGCUACAAUGAUAUAGAAGUCAUAACAGCAAAGCGGAUAUCGACUCUGGGAAUGGAAACCGAAGGAAAAUCGUUUGCGUUGAUACUGCCCCCGCUUUGUUAUCUUUGUCAUCAGUUAGAGUAUGAGGUUGUUAGACCUGUGCAACUGCAGCCUAAAUACGCAACGGUUAGGUCAUGCACGAUGCAGGUGACGUACGGUUUAAAGCCUUUGGGACUAUGGAGGCUGCAUAGCCAACGGGACGGUGUUAGUGUGGCGGUCUCACUUUCUACGUGGAUCGAUGAGGCCGUGACCUUCGAAACCUUAUUUGCUGGUUCAUUCUAUUUUUUGGACGUACUUCCUUCCGCUAAUUAUGCGUACGCGCAGGAGCCCUCGCCCUCCGCUAGGGGACCGACAAAUCGACACGCCGCUAACAGUUUGGGUUACACGUAG